GCCGCACCUACAGUCGAAAGAGGGAAUCGCUCUAAUUAGAUGGUGUGAAUGACACUUCCUUUAACGGCCAUCUGGGAAUUUUGUUGUCCUCAACCGAGCUUCCAGUUGCAGGCCUGUACGGCUAAGAACCCAGUUCUUUGAGCCAUUUGAUCCCGAAGCCCUGUUGGGACGCCCCUGAGCGAUCGCCGGUAAAUUUAACUUUCAGAAUAGCCGAAGCUAAUUUUAGCCGCGAUUUUUUUCGGUCGUUUUUAUCAUGAUGCGAGUUCGUUAUCCAGAACGGGGUGUCUUAAGGGGGCCCAGCGAUUCCCCUGUCUUCGAGGGAUGACAUACGGCCCGUUCGGAACGUGCCUAAGUGAUAAGACAAAGCACUCACGUCCGCCUAGAAAUAGAAUCUCAUUUACCGGCGUUUUUUCACGUAGUUCAUGUUAUCUCCCCAAUGGAUAUUUGUGGGCCUAAUUAUGCUGCCGGGUAUUAAUAGAUGGAUGGGGCUUUUCCUGUCGGGUUCUGGAGUUUUGAGGCUGGCGACAAAGAGGCGUUUUGGAGUGAAGUCAAUCGGCAACAACAAUUGAACGGGAAGGUGACAGAGCGUGUUUUAGGGCUCGAAUUUGGGGGGUUGUGCGCACCCCUCCCAAUGGAUCACGUUCUCCAAGUUGGGGAAAGCGCCAGUUCGGUGCAAACGCUUGAAAUCGCCGGCUGUUUAGAGUGGAUUUCCGAAAAUACGGGGCGAGUUUCCCGCCGAAAAUCCCUCAAGAGGAAAAGUAGCAUUGCCCCCCAAAAGGACACAAAUUGAUUUCGCAGAUAAUUUGCCAAGAACCGAAUUAACCCACCGCGGUUUGCCGGAAAUUGCAUCCUGAAGCCCCGUUCCCUCAAAGACGGAAAUUAAUUCCUCCACUUUUCUCUUCGGCAUUUAAUUAGGAGAGCCUGGAAAUGCGGUUCAUUCUCUCCCCAUUCGCUCCCCAGGCCAGUGGUCUUUGAAGAUAGCAAAAAACACUUUCCAGCAGGAAACUAUGCAACCAUGCACAUAAAAACUCUAGUUAUUAUCGCCGCAGUGAACACCAUCUGCAAGUGUUGCGACUUGGAGGAACUUUUGGGCCCAAAACAGACCAGUUUGGAGGAUGCAACGCUUCGCUCUUCUUUAGUGUUUCGCGGCAUGGCUUUGCCCAUUCAGGAUCCCGCUUUUAGUGUUUUUACGGUGUUUUUCGAGCUGAUCACUGUUUACAAGGGCGACGGCUUCCUGAAGGAGUGGAGGAAGCUGAAUAAUUACUUUCGCAAAAUCAACGUUACAUUCGAGACUAGAACUACUGCGGCCGAUUGCCUGGAUGGAAACAAAGUGCCCAGAGACUAUGUGGUGUUUGCCAGCUUGAUCCAGGACGAGAUUCGUGCCGGCUCAGUGGCGAAAUGGGACGAAAACGCCGAUCUGAGGGUCUGGAAGGCUUUAGGCUGGAGUCAAUGGAGUGAUUGGUCAAGUUGCAGCGUGUCCUGUUCAGCAGGAAUCCAGCAGCGAACUCGCCAUUGUCUGCAGCAAAAAUGCUCUGGAUUCAACAUCCAGCAGCGACAUUGCAAUUUGUUCAGUUGCAGCGAAACCGUGACUCCUCUGGACCAAAAGUCUGGAAAAUUCUUCCAUCCAUCGCAGGAUCGCUGGCAGCCGCUUGCCGAUCGGCCGACUGCUUGGCGUCUCACCCCCAAUUCGUAUAUCUGGAUCCCGGCGUCGCUCCUAUUUUCAGAUGAAGAGUGCCGGAACAUCCCGAAGGACUUUUCCCUGGCAUUGACGAUGCGAGUUCCCAAUGCAACUUUGGGGACAGUUUUCAGCGUUCGGUCCAGAUCCAGGCAGCACCUUUACCUAUCGCUGGAAGUGACCGGAGCUGACCUGAAGUUGAUCCAUGCAGCUGAGUCUGGAACGGACAUGGUGCGAAUUCCUGCCGGCUUGGACGAUGGAGUUUGGCAUCAAAUUGCCUUCAGUCUUCGAGAAGGGAGGAUCCUGGAUGUUUUCGUCGACUGCGAAUGGUCCAGAACGGAAGUUCUGCUGGCCCAUUCACUGGAAGUGCCCGAUGACUGUGAUAUUAUCGUAGGUUAUUUAUUUACGGGAGAUCUGGAGCAACUAUCCAUCAUCAAAAAUCCCUAUGCCGCCCAUCUUCAAUGCUCCAACACGCCGAUUCCCAUAGAAGAUCCAGAUGUGCGCUUCACUAAGGAUGGCUUCAAGCUAUUCACUCGAAAACACGCGGUGAAGAGCCGGAAGCACCGAUAUUGACUUGGACUGAUUGGAGAAACGAAGAGCUUUGUUAAGUUUGUCUUUGCCUAAAUCUUAAGGAGCAUCUGUAUGACAAUAGGCCGAAGUAGAUGGUCGUUUCCAUGUGGUUUUCCAAAUAUUCUGCGACAAUAAAUGUGUUUGAGUAUU